AUGAACAAAGAAAGAGCUCCAAGAACAUUUGCGAUUAUUUCCAAGGAAGCUGGGUUUACGACAAAACAUACCCACUUUACGAUUCAACAAGUUGUCCUUUCAUUGGACAAGGAUUUGAUUGUCAGAAAAAUGGCAGACCUGAUGGAGAUUACCUCAAAUACAGAUGGCAGCCUACUGGUUGUAACAUUCCAAGACAUAUAUGCACACAGUAGAGGUCCUACUGGCGCUGCCAUGGCUGCAAACUUGUGUGGGAAACGGAGAUUCAAUGGGCUGGAUUUCUUGGAGAGAUAUAGAGGCAAGAAGAUCAUGCUUGUUGGUGACUCUCUAAGUAACAAUAUGUGGGUGUCCCUAACGUGCCUGCUUCAUGCAUCAGUUCCAAAUUCUAGUUACACCAUAGACAGGAAAGGACUGCUCUCAACAUUUACAAUGCAGGAAUAUGGGCUCUCGGUUUUGUGGUUGAAAAAUGGGUUCCUCAUAGAAGUGGCCUAUGAAAAAAUCGGUAAGGUUCUGAAGCUGGAUUCCAUCACUACUGGCAACCAGUGGCUGGGAAUGGACAUAUUGAUCUUCAACUCCUAUCAUUGGUGGUUUCACACUGGACGCUCUCAAACGUGGGACUAUUUUCAAGUAGGUGACAAGAUAGUUAAAGAGAUGGAUCGUUUGGAAGCCUUGAGAAUUGCAUUAACGACAUGGGCUACUUGGAUUGACCGUAAUAUUGAUCCUUCGAAGACUAAAGUAUUCUUCCAAGGAGUUGCUGCCGUUCAUAUAGAUCCUAAGGAAUGGAAGGAUCCGAAUCCAAGUGCGAGGACAUGCAUUGGACAAACUAAACCAAUUGAAGGACCAAAGUAUCCAGGACCUAGUCAUCCAGGAGAAGCUGUUGUGAGAAGUGUGAUUAGUAAAAUGGCAAGGCCUGCCUAUCUGCUGGAUAUUACGUUACUAACGCAGCUGAGAAAAGAUGGCCACCCAUCUAGCUAUGCUGGAAAAGGCAGCGCAUUAAAUGACUGCAGUCACUGGUGUCUUGCUGGUGUUCCUGAUACUUGGAACCAGCUGCUAUAUGCUCCAUUGCUACAAAAUUAA